CACAAACCCCAAUAAAGUUUGAUCUUGGUAAAAAAAAAAAAGUAAGACGAUAUCAACUCAUGAGGAGCAAGAAAGCAAUCAAAUAUAUAUCCAUAUAUAGUUUGAUGGAAAGAAAAGAAGGAAAGUGCUAGCUGACUAAAAGCUAAUCUAUAAACAAGUGAAAAACAAACUCAGCCAAAAAAACAAUUUAAAGCUGACUAAGUCAUCCUUCAAAGCCUCUAGUUUCUUCUUUGGGCAGCUUCUUCUUUGGGCAGCUUGCUAUAGAUGGAAUCCUUCAUUGUUUUCGUCUUUGAACAGCUUGCUAUGGAUGGAAUCCUUCAUUGUUUUCUUCUUUGGGCAGCCUGCUAUGGAUUAAAUCCUUCAUUGUUUCUUCUUUGGGCAGCCUGCUAUGGAUGGAACCCUUCAUUGUUUUCUUCUUUGGGCAGCCUGCUAUGGAUGGAAUCCUUCAUUGUUUUCUUCUUCAGGCAGCCUGCUAUGGAUGGAAUCCUUCAUUAUUUUCUUCUUUGGGCAGCCUGCUAUGGAUGGAAUCCUUCAUUGUUUUCUUCUUUGGGAAGCCUGCUAUGGAUGGAAUCCUUCAUUAUUUUCUUCUUUGGGAAGCCUGCUAUGGAAUGGGUUCCUUCAUUGCCUUCUUUAAACGAAUUGACACCUUUUUGGCUAACGAGUAGUGACGGCAAGUUUGAACAAACACGACAAUGGCUUCUUCAAGUUUUGAUAGUAUCAACUGGCAAUGAAAUCCAAGCACCUGCUUCUGGACAAUGACAAAUCACGCUCUGCUUUAACCUUCUUGGUUCGGCUCUGAACAGCUGCAUCAACAAAAUUCCGGUUGACAAACCUCCAGACGACCGCAGGAGGAGUUGGCAGGACCAACUGCAACAAUUCUGGAAAGAUUCUAUUCUGCUCAUCGUUUGAAGCUUAAUUUGCGAACCAGCAUCAUCUCAAGCGGCAAUAAAUUAGCUCCGAUCAUCAACUAGUGACACCAACCGGCAAAGGACCUCAAUCGUUCUACAGAUGGCCGCAACCUCAAUUGUUGUUUAACAGGCGUUUAUCUCGAAACCCUGCUAUACGACCAAAGAAAAGAUAUUUAAGAACAAAAAGGGAAAGCAAAGAAAUUAUACCUACCAGAAUCUGGCCGAGCUCUUAGACGGAAGAAAAAAAAACAAGCAGCAGUGCCUUCACCGUUUCGCAUAUGCAGAAAACGAAGUAUCAGCUGAUAUUUAUAGAUGUUAAAAGAAUUUGAGAUCCGAUUAAUGCGAUAAAUCAAAGACCUGAUAGAAUACAAAUUUAAGGACUUGGUAUUUGACUCAUCUUAGGAGAUACGUUAAUACUUCGGGAAUUUGGUGGAAGGAUCUUUAUUUGGGCCAAAUAGGGUGAAUGGGUGAUGGUGUGAAUUUUAAAAGAGUUGAUUUGGACUCCACCAAAUUAUUCUACGAAGUAUAUUAUUUAGGGUCUUUUGAAAAACAAAGCUGACGCGAAUGGGCAGCUAGU